CUUCUUCCAAAUUUAGCAACACUCUCUUCUCCAGCGAACUUUGCUUCUCUCCAAAAAAAAAAAAACUUAAAAGAAAAUCAAUCUCUUUCAGCAUGCUUCUAAUGGUAGAACAAGAACCUUGAAUUGAGAUUGCCGAGCUCGUUGUUUACUUUCACUGCAUAAUCAAAUCAACUUCAAUAUAUAUGAUUCCUUAUGAUAUUUUUUUACAACAUGAAAUGAAGAUCUAGGAAUGCUACUUGGAGAAAAUGAUCACUCUUCGGAAGUUAAACUUGGGGAUAACAGCCUGCCCUUAUUCUUUGAUUCGGUUGUUUUCUGUCAAUGGUGAUUAUAUUGUUUUCAGAUGCACAAUUCAGUCUGGUUGGAGUAGUGAGAUUGUCAAUCGGUCAAUUGGCUUCUUUGGGGGCAACAUAGAGAUUAAAAGUGGAGUCAACCGCAGUGCAUUUACUCAGACUGCUCCGUUUUCUACCAUUGCUGAUACAAUCCUUGUCCGGGCUCAAGACCUUGGUAAAAUAUCUGAGGAGUUAGAAAAUGUGAUCGAUGAAGAAAAACUUGACGAUGCAUGGGCUUUGUAUGAGCGGCACAUUCAAAUGGCAGGGUUUCCUAGAAAAUCAAUUGUUAAUAAACUUGUAGCAGCUUUUGCUGAAAGCUCAGAGCUUGGACGGCUGGAGAGCGCUUAUAGCUUGGUUGAACAAGCAUUUGAGGAGAACAAACAUGACUUGCUUGAGAGGAAUACUCUUAUCUAUCUCUCUUUAGCUUUUGCAAAAUGUGGAUUACCUAUUCCCGCAUCUACUCUUAUAAGGAAGCUUGUGGAAAAAGAAAACUACCCACCUGUGAGUGCUUGGUCUGCGAUUCUUGCUUAUAUGUCACAAACCUCUACUGGAGCAUACCUUGCCGUUGAAUUGGUUCUUGAAAUAGGUUACUUAUUUCAGGAUGGAAGAGUUGAUCCGCGUAAAAAGUGCAAUGAACCUCUGCUUUCCAUGAAGCCUAAUGCUACCUGUUUUAACAUUGCUUUAGCUGGAUGUCUUCUGUUUGGAACUACUAGAAAAGCAGAGCAGCUCCUUGACAUGAUGCCUCGAAUUAACUUGAAAGCUGAUGCUACCUUACUAAUCAUAAUGGCUCAUAUUUAUGAGAAGAAUGGACGCAGGGAGGAGCUCAAGAAGCUUAAGAGAGACAUGGAAGAGGCCCCUAAUGUGACCGAGAUGCAGUUUCGUCAGUUCUAUAAUUGUUUGCUUUCAUGUUAUCUGAAAUUUGGAGAUCUUGCAUCUACAUCACACAUGGUCCUAGAAAUGCUUCGCAAGGCAGAGAAAGCUAAAAAUUCUCUUGGUGUAGCUAGUUUGUUACUAGACGCUUCUAGAAGUGAUACAUCAUGUUUAAAUAUUCCCUCUGAGGAUGCACAUCAUCGAAAACCAGAUGAAUCGAAAAACUUAGUAUCAUUUGAAGAUCUCUGUAGAGACAGAAAGUUUUCAAAGAUGCAGACCAUUGCUAAAGGCUUACUUGAUGUCUUGGUAAUUAAGUUGCAGAAGCAAAUUGAAUUUAUUACAACUGAACGUGGUAUUCUCCAGCCUACUGAGAAAUUAUACGUUAAAUUGGUAAAGGCUUUCUUAGAAGCCGGGAGAACAAAAGAUCUUGCGGAAUUUCUAAUUAAGGCAGAGAAAGAGGAUUCUCCAGUUUCAGUUGAUGAUUCUGCCUUGGUUCAUGUGAUAAACUCUUGUAUUUCACUCGGAUGGUUAGAUGAGGCACAUGACCUUCUUGAUGAGAUGCGCUUGGCUGGGGUUAGAACUGGUUCUUCUGUUUAUACAUCUCUUUUGAAAGCGUACUGUAAAGAGAACCGAGCGGGGGAAGUUGCAUCACUACUUAGAGAUGCUCGUAAAGCUGGGGUUCAGAUAGAUGCAAGCUGUUAUGAAGUAUUGAUCCAGUCCAGGGUGAUACAGAAGGACUCUCAAGGGGCCCUUGACCUGUUCAAGGAGAUGAAAGAGGCUAAGAUACCAAAAGCUGGUCAUCAAGAAUUUGAGAAAUUGGUGAAAGGGCCUGCAGAAGGAGGUGAAGCUAGUUUAAUGGUGACGCUUUUGCAUGAAAUCAAGGAAGGGCAAAAGGUAGAUUAUGGAGUUCAUGAUUGGAAUAAUGUAAUUCACUUUUUCUGCAAAAAGAGGUUGAUGCAAGAUGCCGAAAAGGCUUAUAAGAAGAUGAGGAGUUUGGGCCAUGCUCCAAAUGCACAGACUUUUCAUUCUCUGGUCACAGGUUAUGCCGCCAUUGGUGGAAAAUAUGUCGAGGUGACGGAACUAUGGGGUGAAAUGAAGUCUAUUGCUUUUGCUAGUGGAAUGAAGUUUGAUCAGGAACUAUUAGAUGCUGUGCUUUAUACAUUUGUUAGAGGAGGUUUUUUUGUUCGAGCAAAUGAAGUUGUGGACAUGAUGGAGAAAGGUAAAAUGUUUAUUGACAAGUACAAGUAUCGUACCCUUUUCUUAAAAUACCACAAAACACUCUACAAGGGGAAGGCUUCAAAAUUCCAGUCAGAAACACAGAUGAAAAAGAGAGAGGCAGCAUUGAACUUUAAGAGAUGGGCUGGGUUAUGCUGAAUAUUCCAGUCAGAAACACAGAUGAAAAAGAGAGAGGCAGCAUUGAACUUUAAGAGAUGGGCUGGGUUAUGCUGAAUAUUCAUUGUCUAUAGCCUCAAGGAUAUGACCCUUCAAUAUUUAAAUUUUUUGCUACGACAGUUACUAAAUGAGUUGACAGCAAAAUGGAUGGAUCUCCAUGUUGAUCCAAAUGUUCCUGACCCAUCAGUUGAUGCUAGCAGAUCAAGACAUCUCUGUGGAUUUCGUUUUUAUUAUUAAUUUCUGAUCAUUCAGUCCUUAUCAUCAUGAAUGCCUUGCAAAAUAAUUGUUACUGGUGAGAUGCAUCAUGCUUUCUCUGUGUUUUCUUUUAAGGAAAACGUAUAAAUGAUGGUUGACUUUGAAGGACAGUCUCCACGGCUUAGUGUCCAUUAUGAGUCAAGUCAUGCCUGAAGAUCAUCUGUUUAUUUUGUACUCUGGAAUGAUUUUGACCUGAGUUUCAGAGUGAAGCAUUUAUUUCAUUAACCUUCUAUGGAUUGGCUUAAUGCCUUAGACGCCUGCAUUAUUCAACAUCCAAAAGAAGGGUUUAAUUUCUGCUAAAGCGGUGUAUCAAAUAGCACCGCCAAAGUCCUGCUAUUCAUCAUGACUCCUUUAUGGGAACCUUCAACAUAUAUGCAAAAUUGCUGAACUGAAGUAUUUUAGGCGGAUGAUUCUGCCAGCACUACUACUGACAGCUUAUUUCUUCGAGGAUCUAUGGGGCUGAAUCGCUUCUUUUCCAUUUCUCAAGUCAAAGAUGAGAGAUCAUUGCAAAAAAUGGAAGAAAGAGCUGCCUAGGCUAAGACAACCCACUGAAUCAUGAGGCUUCCUUCAACAUAUGUAGAUCUCUCUCACUGGAAAUGAGCAUUUUUGGCCUUGUUCUUGGUAAGACAGGUCCGAAACGUGAUGCCAUAGGGAAGUUAAAGUGAAGUGAAAUGGUUGAACAUCUAAGUGCAAUUUGAUAUCUGCUAAUCAGUAUGCAAGAUUUGUGCACUAUUGUAGCUUGGAGGGAUUCUGUAGUCUGGUUAAAUGUUAUUUUCUAAGGAUUAGUUAGCUGUAGUUGCUUGUUGUAAUCUGAAGGUGUUAGAUUUUGUAAUGUAUUGCUUUUGUAACUUUGUCAUCUUUGUUAAAUAUGAUUGUACAAUAUGGUAUGAACCCGGUAUUUAGACGAAAUCAAUGAAUGUAAGACACGUGUAUUGCAUGCACACAUUUAUCGCUUAACCAUGGUUAAGUA